AUGGUCAUCUUUGGACGGAAUGCCAAUCCUGGCACAUUAUACCUUGCGGGUUCGUUCUUGAUGGACGAACUACCUGUUCGUCUAGCACACCGUGUCAAGGAUUUGCAAGAGCUUCCGGACAAUAUGUCCGACAUGCCUUCGAUUAUCAAAGUCAAAAAUUGGUACGCGCAGUCGUUUGAGGAACUCGUGUCAUUCCCUCAACCGCACUUGCCUGAGUCAUUGCAGCAAAAGUUGUACAGGGCAUCACUUCAAGAUAUGGACACCGAUCAACUACCUGCGACACCGAACCCUAGUCUACAAGAAAAUGCGUCACUAGACGAUGGUCUGUCCAAGGCGCACCUCACAGUCAACAGCAAACGUGCCGAGAAUAUGAAUACACGGCGACGCCCGAUGCUCAGCUACGGGAUCCAAGCACAAAUGGACGACGUGGAAUGGCCUUUGUCUUUGAUUGAAUUCAAUAACAGUUUCACGCGGUGCCUGGAGCGUGUUAAACACCGACACGAUGCAGUGGUCGUGACAUUAGCCCAGGGCAUUUUGGAAUACAAGCGGGCGAAGGGCGGCGAUGAAGAUAAGGCAGGUAUGCAAACGUUCCUCGACCGUUUCCAUAUGUCUCGUAUUGGCAUCCGCAUGCUCAUUGGGCAGCACAUUGCGCUCGGUCGAUCGUGUAUGGCGCCCAAGAAGGGCGCUCUCAACUAUUUAGCGACACAGGCUACCAAAGGUGCGAUCAGUGACGUGAGCGGCACGGAGCCAGAGAAAUUCGUGGGGAUCAUAUGCACGAAUACCAACGUGGGCGCGGUAGCUCACGAGGCGAUCGAGAAUGCCCGGUUUGUGUGUGAGGAACACUAUGGCCUGUUUCGUGCACCGCCUGUGCAACUGGUGUGCCCUCCAAAUCUCAUGUUUAUGUAUAUGCCCAGCCACCUAAACCACAUGAUAUUUGAGCUCAUGAAAAAUUCGCUGCGUGCGGUGGUCGAGCGCUACGGCGUAGAGCGUGAGGAUCACUAUCCACCGAUCAAGGUCAUUGUUGUGGAAGGCAAAGAAGACAUUACGAUUAAAAUCAGCGACGAAGGAGGUGGUAUCCCCCGCAGCGAAGUCCCUUUAGUGUGGACGUACACGUAUACCACGGCUCGGCCGGACGACUUGGACCCGGACUUCCAGACGUCCGACUUCCUUGCUCCUAUGGCUGGCUUCGGCUACGGCCUUCCGCUCGCGCGUUUGUACGCCCGCUACUUUGGCGGCGACCUUAAGCUUAUCUCGAUGGAAGGCUACGGCACAGAUGUCUACCUGCACUUGAAUCGCCUCUCUAGCAGUAGCGAACCGCUCCCUUAG